AUCCAAAAUCAACAAGGAAGAAGGAAAUAGAUUCGCCUCUGCUCGCCGUUUAUCUGCCUGUUGCGCCGCCACCCCUGCAGCCCUGCUCACCGAGGCGCCGCCACCCCUGCAGCCCUUCUCACCUAGGUCACCGCCCUUUUACGUCAGCAAAAGGAGGACGGCCGUUCGCCCUUCCUCUGCCAAUCGCCUAGGGCUUUAUCUGCCGCCCUCUCGCCCUUUCGCCUCCACCUGUCGCUAGCGAGUGUACCUCCUCCGGUUGCCGAAGUCCUGCUCCGCCGCUUUGCUAUCCACACCGAAAUUCCUCAACGUCCAUGUAUACUACAUGAGUGGUGAUGCAUGGAAGGAAGGAGGUAUUGAUGCUACAGGUGCUCUGAUGGUGAUAACUCUGAAAAUUAUAUCAUGUGUCAUAAACUAUAAUGAUGGAAUUCUCAAAGAGGAUGAUCUACGUGAAGCACAAAAGAAAAAUUGGUUGCUGAAGAUGCCAUCAUUACUGGAGUACUUUGGGUUCUGUCUAUGUUGUGGAAGUCACUUUGCCGGUCCUGUUUAUGAAAUGAAAGACUAUAUUGAAUGGACAGAGAGGAAAGGGAUCUGGCAACCUUCGGCCAAGGGACAGUCCCCCUCUCCUUAUUGGGCAACUCUCAGGGCUCUUCUGCAAUCUGCUAUCUGCAUGGGCUUGUAUCUGUAUCUUGUACCACAUUUCCCACUUUCUCGAUUCACAGAACCAGUGUACCAAGAAUAUGGGUUCUUCAAGAAGUUGAGUUACCAGUACAUGUCAGGUUUCACUGCUCGUUGGAAGUAUUAUUUUAUUUGGUCAAUUUCAGAAGCUUCUACUAUUAUUUCCGGCCUGGGAUUCAGUGGCUGGACAGAUUCAAAUCCACCCAAGCCAAAAUGGGACCGUGCAAUAAAUGUCGAUAUAUUAGGUCUCGAGUUGGCUAAGAGUGCAGUGCAGAUACCAGUAUACCACUUGUGUGGAAUAUUCAAGUCAGCACCUGGCUUAGGCACUGUUUGAAAGUACACGGUGAUAGAGAGAUUGACAAAGAGAUAAGCUUCAAGGAAUGGAGCAGAUGAUAGGAAAGAUAGAAGUUCCCGGGAACUACAAUCCUUAUUUACAACAAGAAGACUACAACAUGGAUGGAUAACCGUAUAGAUCUCUUGACUUGUGGUAUAUGUGCUUUAUGAACUGAAAAUAUUAGUUUCUUCUACUCGAACUCGGAGAAUGCUGACCUUGUCGUCUUGAACUGCAUUUUGUCUGGCCUCGUUGCUUUAAAUUACUCAUGUAUUGGACUGCAUUUUGCCCUGUAGAUUAACAGAUCUUACUUUUGAAUCUUUGAUGAUUGUUUUUGCAACUUCUGAAUGUUAAUAUUAUGUUCUCAAUGUUAUUUUAUUAUUUGAAUUUU